CUCGGGAGAGCUUAAUGAAAAGGGGACCAGGAGGGGGGUGUGGAUUCCAAGCCGAGAGGUAACCCCGGAGAGAGGCUGAAGGCAGAGAGAGGAGGAGGCUGAGUCGAGGUGGAGGGCAGACAGGAGGGUUUGGAGGAAAGAGGAGGUGAGGAAGGAGGAGAGGCAAGAGAGAGGGGAGAGGAGUGGGUUUGGGGGCUCCCCAUCCCCAGCUACUUUGGGAUUCAGGGAAUUGGGGCUCAUUGUUGAGGAGGUGAAGAAGCUUGGAAGUCCUGGAGCGAGAGGGUCUCAGAAAGAGGAGAGGGAGGAGCUGAGGGGGGGCAGGGGGUUGGGAAAGGUCCCUUCAAGGCCUCCUGGGGAUGGGAGGUGCCGCUCGCCUGAGCGCCCCUCGAGCGCUGGUACUCUGGGCCGCACUGGGGGCGGCAGCUCACAUUGGACCUGCACCUGACCCCGAGGACUGGUGGACCUACAAGGAUAAUCUCCAGGGAAACUUCGUGCCAGGGCCUCCUUUCUGGGGCCUGGUGAACGCAGCCUGGAGCUUGUGUGCUGUGGGCAAGCGGCAGAGCCCGGUGGACGUGGAGCUGAAGAGGGUCCUUUAUGACCCCUUUCUUCCCCCUCUGAGGCUCAGCACUGGGGGAGAGAAGCUCCGGGGAACCCUGUAUAACACUGGCCGCCACGUCUCCUUCCUGCCUGCGCCACGGCCCGUGGUCAACGUGUCUGGGGGUCCCCUCCUCUACAGCCACAGACUCAGCGAACUACGGCUGCUUUUCGGAGCUCGCGAUGGAGCUGGCUCUGAACACCAGAUCAACCACCAGGGCUUUUCUGCUGAGGUGCAACUCAUCCACUUCAAUCAGGAACUCUACGGGAACCUCAGCGCUGCCUCCCGAGGCCCCAAUGGCCUGGCCAUUCUCAGCCUUUUUAUCAAUGUGGCUGGCAGCUCGAAUCCUUUCCUCAGCCGCCUCCUCAACCGCGACACCAUCACUCGAAUUUCCUACAAGAAUGAUGCCUACUUUCUUCAAGACCUGAGCCUGGAGCUUCUGUUCCCCGAAUCUUUUGGCUUCAUCACCUAUCAGGGCUCUCUCAGCACCCCACCCUGCUCGGAGACUGUCACCUGGAUUCUGAUUGACCGGGCCCUCAAUAUCACCUCCCUCCAGAUGCACUCUCUGAGACUUCUGAGCCAGAAUCCUCCAUCCCAGAUCUUCCAGAGCCUCAGCGGUAACGGCCGGCCCCUGCAGCCCUUGGCCCACAGGGCUUUGAGGGGCAACAGGGACCCCCGGCACCCUGAGAGGCGUUGCCGAGGCCCCAACUAUCGUUUGCAUGUGGAUGGUGGCCCUCAUGGUCGCUGAGACUCCCCACCGAGGACUGCACCUGCCUGUCCCAAGCCUAUCUAGGAGAGGGAAGUCACCUCAAAACAAACCAAUUAAAGGGACAGAAUUCUUCCAGUUU